UUGUUGGUUCACAGCUGUAGAGGUACAGUAAGAAAAGCCUUUUUAACCCUUCCCCUAACCACACGGCCCACAUGUCCCAUCACCUUUUCACACACCACAUUCCUAUUUCUCUUUUCUUUCUUUCUUUCUUCCUUUCUUCUUUAAAAUUAAUUAAUAAUUACUUUUAUUUUUCUUCAUUUUUUUAUUCACUUCCCUCCCCCAAAAAAAAGAAAAUAAAAAUAAUAGAUUUUUGUUUCUCACCCACACCACACCCAUUAGCAUUUCAUCUUCAAUCUCCUAUAAAUUGCCCCUCAAUGCCUUCAUUGCCCCUUCCCCUUCUUCUUCUUCUUCUUCAUUUCCCCCAUUUUCCCCAUCUGGGUCUUCUCCACAAUCCCCUGUUUCUCAGUUCUCACAAAGCUCUGAUGCCCAACACUCUGUUUGUGAUGUUUGAGAUUGAUGUAUCUAAUUCUGAGUGAAAUCCUCCGUUGUGGUUGUAUGAUAAAUAACUUCACAUUCCGCCGCGCCACCCAUCAUCUCGUUCAAUCUUUCUCCGUCGUCUUCCUCUACUGGCUCUACUACGUUUCAUGAUAUAACCUAAUCCCCAAAUUAAAGAAAAAGUUAAUUAAUUUAAUUGAUUGAUACAUCUGUUUUUGUUUCUGUUUCUUUUCUGUUGUUGGGUCUGUAAUGGGUUCCUCGAGUGGGACGUGUUCGAAUUCGUCGGUGGUUCAGAGCUGUGGGUCGGAGGAGGAGAUGCAGGCGGCGGCGUUGAUGGAGCAGAGGAAGAGGAAGAGGAUGGUUUCGAAUCGGGAAUCGGCGAGGAGAUCCAGGUUGAGGAAGCAGAAGCAUUUGGACGAUUUAAUGGCGCAGGUCGCCCAUCUCACCAAGGACAAUCACCAGAUCCUCGCCACUCUCGGCGCCACUGCGCAGCAAUUCGCCGCCGUCGAAGCAGAGAACUCCAUUCUCAGAGCUCAGGCGGCGGAGCUCGACCACCGUCUUCAGUCCUUGGCUGAAAUCAUCCAUUUCUUGAACCCCACUAAUGGGAUUCUCGAAUCCGGAUGCGGCGGCCCCGAUUCCACCGCCGCCGCCGCCGCCGCUGGAUACUUCUCUCCUGACCCUUUUGAUAUCUGCGGCGGCGGCGGGGGCAGCGGGGGUGGGGGUGGGGGGUCUUUUAAUCCUUUGCAAAUGGCUUUCUAUAUGAACCACCCACUCAUGGCCUCUGCAGAUAUAUUUGAGGACUACUGAUUUCUCUCUCUUGGAAUGAACUUUUUCUUGGCAGCCAAACAGAGGGGGGGGGUAUUGUUGGGAUUUUAGAUUUAGAGUUGGAAUUAUGUCUUGAUUGGUUGGCAUUUGGGACAAGGAAUAAUAAUGGGGGAAACAAGAUGUUGGGUUAUUUUUGGGUGUUAUCUUGUAAAACUUAUGGAUCUAAGAGCAAUGAACAUGUAAAUCUUGGCCUUCCUCCUUCACGGGUAAUUUUCAAUCUAUGCAUAACUCAAUUGAUUAAAUUCGUUGAUUUUUCUAA